UCCUCGGACAAUCCGUCCAACAAAAGAGAAGGGUUCCGGCUACCAAUCAUCCGACACACAGCCACGUCGGAUGGAGGACAUAUCUGUCAUUAUUGCUAAAAUUCAGGGACGUUCAUGGAAAUAAAAUGAAGAACCAUGGGAGCGAUAUCACCUCUCCUCAAACCCUACUCCAGUCUCACUCUCUUCCUCCCUCUUGCUUCACUUCUUUGCCUUCUCCGCCUCGACGUCUCGCCGCAGCUUAGGGUUUAAGCGGAUCCCCUCUCUUCAGGCUGUAGUCUCACACAUUAACUAUGGGUAAGGAGAAGGUCCACAUCAACAUUGUGGUCAUUGGCCACGUCGACUCUGGGAAGUCGACCACCACUGGUCACUUGAUCUACAAGCUUGGUGGUAUUGACAAGCGUGUGAUCGAGAGGUUCGAGAAGGAGGCUGCUGAAAUGAACAAGAGGUCCUUCAAGUACGCCUGGGUUCUCGACAAGCUCAAGGCUGAGCGUGAGCGUGGUAUCACCAUUGACAUUGCUCUCUGGAAAUUCGAGACCACCAAAUACUACUGCACUGUCAUCGAUGCCCCUGGACACCGUGACUUCAUCAAGAACAUGAUUACUGGAACUUCCCAGGCCGACUGUGCUGUGCUGAUCAUUGACUCCACCACUGGUGGUUUUGAGGCUGGUAUCUCCAAGGAUGGCCAGACCCGUGAGCAUGCUCUCCUUGCUUUCACCCUUGGUGUCAAGCAAAUGAUCUGCUGCUGUAACAAGAUGGAUGCCACCACCCCCAAGUACUCCAAGGCUAGGUAUGAUGAAAUCGUCAAGGAAGUCUCCUCCUACCUGAAGAAGGUUGGUUACAAUCCUGAUAAGAUUCCGUUCGUCCCCAUCUCUGGGUUCGAGGGAGACAACAUGAUUGAGAGGUCCACCAACCUCGACUGGUACAAGGGCCCGACCCUCCUGGAGGCUCUUGACCAGAUCAAUGAGCCCAAGAGGCCCACAGACAAGCCUCUCCGACUUCCCCUUCAGGAUGUCUACAAGAUUGGUGGCAUUGGAACUGUCCCUGUUGGUCGUGUUGAGACUGGUAUCCUCAAGCCUGGUAUGGUUGUCACCUUCGGUCCCUCUGGACUGACCACUGAAGUCAAGUCUGUGGAGAUGCACCACGAGGCACUCCAGGAGGCGCUCCCCGGUGACAAUGUCGGGUUCAACGUGAAGAACGUUGCUGUCAAGGAUCUCAAGCGUGGGUUCGUUGCAUCAAACUCCAAGGAUGAUCCUGCCAAGGAAGCUGCUAACUUCACCUCCCAAGUCAUCAUCAUGAACCACCCCGGUCAGAUUGGGAAUGGCUAUGCCCCGGUGCUCGACUGCCACACCUCUCACAUUGCAGUGAAGUUUGCUGAGCUUGUCACCAAGAUUGACAGGCGAUCAGGCAAGGAGCUCGAGAAGGAACCCAAGUUCUUGAAGAAUGGUGAUGCCGGGUUCGUUAAGAUGAUUCCCACCAAGCCCAUGGUGGUCGAGACCUUCUCUGAGUACCCACCACUUGGCCGUUUCGCUGUGAGGGACAUGCGCCAGACCGUUGCUGUGGGAGUCAUCAAGAAUGUGGAGAAGAAGGAUCCAACCGGAGCCAAGGUUACCAAGUCCGCCGCCAAGAAGGGUGGCAAGUGAAUCGUGCUGGUCAAAGGCAGCUGCUUCUCCAAUGAUAGCUGCCGUAGUGAAGCUUUGGUUGUUGGCAGUGCUGCUCGUUUCUAUGUCCCUGUCCGUGCCGGAGUCUUGUCCCUGCCAUCCAGUGGCUGGUUGCAGAACUGGGUGCUUGAUAGGCGGUGGCGUGCCUCUUGAGUCAUCAUGUCUGAUGACUGCUUUGUUGUCCGAGUCAGUCUCUUAUCACCUUGCUUAAUAGAGUCAACUUCAUGUUAAAGACCACCAUUGAGCUAUCUAUUUCGGAUUUUCUUUGACAAUGUCGAUGUGCCUAUAACCUUACAAAUCAUUUGAAAGAUCA